AUGAAAAGAUCAAUAUUCUCACUGCUGGAAAUAGAUGAUCAAUUAAUAAUGAGUGAUAUAGAGGAAAUAGAUUAUGAUUUAAUACCAAAUACUGACUUACAACCAAAACGAAAAAUAAUAUCUCAAUCAGCUCCAACUACACCUCAAAGUCAUAACAAUAAUUGUAAUCUACGAAUAAGUUUACCACCAGAUAACAAUAUAACAAAUCAAAUAACGAAUGAAUUAUUUCAAGUAACAAGCAACUUAAGAUUAAAACAAAAACAACAAAAACAACAAGAUGAUAUAAAUGAAUCAAUUGAUCCAAAUUCAAAAUUAUAUAAUUUAAUGAAAGAUUUGAAACAACUAGAAAAUUCAGAUUAUGAAAUGGAUGAUAUAACAAGAACAAGAGUUUUUUCAAAUAGAUUUACGAAUUCAAUAGAUCAAAUAAAUCCAGAUUUAAGUAAAUAUUUUCAAAUUCAUGAAGAUAACACCAACGAAAAAGAGUCUAUAACCACCAAUAAACCAUUUAAAGUUAAAAAGAAAUCAUUAACAUCGUUAACAAGACGUAAAAGUUUACCAUUAAUAGAAACAAAUAAUAUCCCUAAAAAAUCACCAUUAUAUAAAAAACAAUCCCAAACAAUUCUACUACAUGGAUUAUGUAAACCCAACAACAACCUAAAACCAUCAAAAUCAUGUUUCAACCUUCGUGAAUCUUCCAUAUUUUUAAUAGAAUCAUCAACUGGGUUUUUAAAUGAUGCUACUAAAUUUGCAACAGAAUUAAAUGGAUCAAGAAAUGAUAAUCUCCCAUAUCCUGAACAUGAAAAUGAAGUUGUUCAAAUUCCUACAAAUAAUUUAAAUAAUGAUAAUUUAAUUAAAAUGGCUAUAAUAAGGAUGAUAAAAAAGCAAUGGGAAAAUGAUCAAAAAAGUCGAAAAAGAGUUGGAUUUUAUUCUGAAAAUGAAUUUCAAUCUUACAAACAAAAUAAUUUAGAGAAUUCUACUACAACUACACCUAAAAUUGAUGAUACGAAUAGUCUUGGAGUUGAAUUAGUUUCUCAAUCAAAUAUAGAUAAUGAACCAAAAAAUAAAACUGUGAGAUGGGCAGAUAAUCUUGAGUGGUGA